GAGAAAGCAUCUGCGAUGUAUAAAGCCUGUGUGUCCUUCGCCUCAUCAAACCAACCAGAGACCAUGGAGCUGGUGAGAUGGAUGAACACGAUGAACCUCGACUUUUUGAACAUGAAAAUUCUUCAAAGUGUCGAUCCGGUUGAGAUCAUGGUGCGUGGCUCUCUUGACUUCGGAGUGGGUGUCAUCAUUUCCUUUGAUCCCCAAGACACACGAUUUGACCACGGGAAGAGAGUUAUUGAGAUGAGCUACAGCAGCGAACAAGAAGCCUGGCUACUGCGAAGGAGCAGUAAACCAAAAUAUACGAAUGAGAACGACUACGCCCGGCUUUUCCGUUUAUAUGGAGUAAGGCAUGAUGAAGAUCAGUUACGCUACGCUACGAAAAUACUCGCCUACGAGGAACAACUACGACAGAUCGAGAAAGACACAAUCAACAUGACUCAGAAGCAGUUCAUUGGCAUUUACGAUCUGGGCGAACACACGGCUCCACACGUCACUGGAAAGGAUUGGGAAAAUUUGUUUUACAAGUAUACCGAGGGUACCUACAAGGCGUCGCACCCAAUCUGGACAUCCUACGCAGUACCAGUGUCAUUAAGGAGCUCUUUGAUAACCAAUACGUGGGCAAAACUGGCCUGCAAUACCUGGUUGCUUGGAGCAUCUAUAGGCAGUUGGUCGAGUUCACUGAGCCGUACAGAUACCGCGACGGAAAGAAGGCCGAUGAAGCUUGCUUCGUGCACGUCAAGGACGUCAUGAAUCUAGCGAUCCUUAGCAAGUUCUUCGAGUUGGUGGUUACACCUCAGAUGGUAGAAGAGGUGAGGCAACUGGCGUUUCGAAUCAAGGAUGUCUUCAUUGAAGCCGUGCAAUCUUCAAGCUGGCUCCUUCCCAGUGUUCGAACACGAUUAUUUCAGAAGUUGAAGGAAAUCGAUGUCCUAGUAGGAAGCCCAGGAGAUCAAUUGGAACCCAAGUUCGUCAAAC